AUGACAUCACGCCGACUGCAAGAGUGGGUGACACUGUUUCUUCUCACAGCAGCCACUUCCUCAGAAUCUCGUCAACCAUACUGGCUGCGUUCGGGCGAGUAUGACUUCGUCUGCACGCGAGUGCUGCCAGACGGUGAAGUGGAACGUCGAAUCCAUAGAGGUCGCAUCUCGGCCAUAGAGACAACGGUGGAGCUGAUCCCAGGGUCCACCGAUCCUGCUGCACAACAAGAGUUGCAAAUGCUGACUCUGCUACAAGUCACAGAUGGAAAACAUUUUAUCCAAAUGAUCUACGAUUCUGGCUGGGAACUCAGGGAUUGCGAGUAUCUCAAGUCCCUUGAAGCAGUGGAUCAGUUCUACAAGUUGUUUGCAGCUGAUAUCGAUUGUCCUCAGCAAUCAACACAAUUUCGUAAUGAAUCCAGCCAUCGUUUGCAGCAAAUCGCUGGAUUCCAGGCAUAUGAUAAUCUUACAAAACCAGAAGUCACGGACUAUGGAUCUUUGCGAAGAGAGUGCAAAAACCUGCACAAGAAAAUACGGGAAGUAGCCCAUUUGCACCACAAACCGGAGCACGACGUCACCCAACGUCUGAAGAGAGAAUUGUUCCUGUAUCCUGGCACAAAUUGGUGCGGUUCUGGAAGUAAUGCUCGAAAGUUCAAUGAGUUGGGGUACAAUGCCGCCGCAGACCGCUGUUGCAGAGAUCACGACCAUUGUCCAUACACUAUUGAAGGAUUCACCAGCAUGUAUAACUUCUUCAACUUCAGGUUUCAUACCAUUAGUCACUGUGACUGUGACGAAAGAUUUCGAGCUUGCUUGAAGCUUUCAGGCACAGCUGCUGGUAACAUGGUGGGAAAGCUUUUCUUCAAUGUGGUUCAGACAAAGUGUUUCCUCUUCAAGCAUGUCAAAAAAUGCAUCAAGCGUUCGUGGUGGGGAAAAUGCCUCAAGUUUGAGAAGGAAAAGACAGCAAUCUUAAGGGAUGCUCUCAAGUAUUGA